UGAGGGCUGAGUAGCCAGCGGGAUGCCGGGUCUGCUGAACCAGGUCACAGGGGCAGCCCUGCCCCUCACUGCAUCCGAUGUCACCUCCUUCGUCAGUGGUUACGCCCUGGGUCUCACCGCCUCCCUCACCUAUGGCAACCUGGAAGCCCAGCCCUUCCAGGGCCUCUUUGUGUAUCCACUGGACGAGUACACCGCAGUGAUCGGCUUUGAGGCAAUCAUUGCCGACCGCGUUGUGACGGUACAGAUCAAGGACAAAGCCAAGAUGGAGAGUGGCCACUUCGAUGCCACCCGCGUCAGAGCCACAGCUGUCACAGGAAACAUUCUGCAAGAGGGGGUGUCUGUCACCCCUCAUUCCUACACAUCAGGAAAGGUGGCUUUAGACGAGGAUUUGGAGCGGAUCCUGUUCGUGGUCAACCUGGGGACCAUCGCCCCCAUGGAGAACGUCACCAUAUUCGUCAGCACCUCCUCGGAGCUCCCGACACUGCCCAGCGGGGCGGUGCGGGUCCUGCUGCCUGCCGUCUGCGCCCCCACCGUGCCCCAGUUCUGCACCGAGAGCACAGGCCCCUCCAACCAACAGGCCCGAGGCAAAGACAGGCAUUGCUUUGGCACCCCAGCGCUGGACUCCUGGAACAAGUUGUGCCUGGCAACUCUCCUGGACACCGAUGUGUCCAACCCCAUGGAAUAUGAGUUCAACUUCCAGCUGGAGAUCCGCGGGCCGUGCCUGCUCGCAGGAGUGGAGAGUCCCACCCACGAGAUCCGAGCCGAUGCUGCCCCAUCUGCGUGCUCGGCCAAGAGCAUUAUUAUCACGUUGGCUAACAGGCACAGCUUCGACCGUCCCGUGGAGAUUGUCAUCCACCCCAGCGAGCCCCACAUGCCGCAUGUCCUGAUGGAGAAAGGGGACAUGACGCUGGGCGAGUUCGAGCGGCACUUGAAGGGAAGAACAGGUUUCAUUAAAGGGAUGAAACGAGACAGCAGUGCAGAGCGAAAGACAGAAAUCAUCCGGAAACGCCUCCACAAGGACAUCCCCCACCAUUCUGUCAUCAUGCUCAACUUCUGUCCCGACCUCCAGUCAGUCCAGCCGAACCUGAGAGAGGCCCAUGGGGAGUUUAUCUUCCUCAUCGACAGGAGUGGCAGCAUGAGUGGGACCAACAUCCUCCGUGUCAAGGAUGCCAUGCUGGUGGCUCUUAAGAGCCUCAUGCCAGCCUGCCUCUUCAAUGUCAUUUGGUUUGGAUCUACAUUUAAGACCCUCUUCCCUUCCAGUCAGACCUACAGUGAGGAGAGCUUGGCCAUGGCCUGCGAAAACAUUCAGAGAAUGAGGGCUGACAUGGGUGGCACCAACAUCCUCUCCCCGCUCAAGUGGAUCAUCCGGCAGCCAGUGCACCGAGGCCACCCGCGGCUUCUCUUCUUGAUCACAGACGGGGCAGUCAACGACACGGGGAAGGUGCUGGAGUUGGUGCGAAACCACGCCUUCUCAACCAGGUGCUAUAGCUUUGGAAUUGGACCCAAUGUCUGCCACAGACUGGUGAAAGGGCUGGCAACUGUGUCCAAGGGCAGUGCUGAGUUCCUGGUGGAAGGAGAGCGGCUGCAACCCAAGAUGGUCAAAUCCCUGAAGAAGGCCAUGGCCCCGGUCCUGAGUGACGUGACUGUGGAGUGGGUCUUCCCUGAGACCACUGAGGUCCUGAUCUCACCUGUCAGCACCAGCUCCCUCUUCCCUGGAGAACGGCUGGUGGGUUAUGGCAUUGUGUGUGAUGCCUCCUUAUACAUCUCCAAUCCCAGAUCUGACAAGAGGAGACGAUACAGCACGCUGCACUCUCAAGAGUCUGGCAGCUCCGUCUUCUGCCAAUCACAGGAGGGGCCUGGCCCAGACGGCAGAGACCGUACCAAGAGCUUGGGGGCACCCUUCAACCCGAGGCAAGCCAAAGGGGCCCAGCCAUCCAGUGGAGACUCCACCACCAAUCCUGGUCUGGACCUCUCCCAGCGACGGCGGGCAUAUAGCACCAACCAGAUCACCAACCACAAGCCCUCCCCAAGGGCCCCCACGGCCAGUGACCCCACGGUGGCUGCCAGGAGAUACCCACUGCGGAAAGCCAAGCUGCAGGACCUCACCAACCAGGCCAGCCUGGAUGCUCCUCAGUGGCAGACUGAUUUGCAGCUCUUGCCCACCAGUGGCCCGGGCCUAAACCAGGGCCCCAAACUCCGGGGCCCAGAGGCCCGCAGGCCCUCACUGCUACCCCAAGGCUGCCAGUCCUUCCUGCCCUCUGGCCAUGAGACCCAGCCCUGGAGCCUCGUGAAAGAGCUGGAUCUUGGGUCCAGCCUGAAGCCUGCCUCAGACAGCCGCAGCCCUGGGGACCUGGAGCCGUCCCAUCACCCCUCCGUCUUCGAGAGCGAGACGUCGUCGGACUGGGAGCCCCAGGCUGAGUCCGAGGAGCAGGCCAGUCCCGGCAGGCCCGCCACCCCAGGCCCGGUGCUGGGCAAGGCUGUGGUCAAGGGGCUGCGCGACAGCCAACGUUUGCAGUGGGAGGUGAGCUUCGAGCUGGGGCCCCCCGGCCCUGAGCGGGGCGGCGCGCGCGACGCCGACCUGUGGAGAGAGACCUUCCACCACCUGGCGGCCCGCGCCAUCAUCCGCGACUUUGAGCAGCUGGCGGAGCGCGAGGGCGAGAUCGAGCAAGGGUCCAGCCGCCGCUAUCAGGUGAACGCGGUGCACACCAGCAAGGCCUGCAACAUCAUCAGCAAGUACACGGCCUUCGUGCCUGUGGACGUGAGCAAGAGCCGGUACCUGCCCACCGUGGUGGGCUACCCCAACUCUGGUACAGCAGGUGCUGCUUUGCGGAUGGUCAGCUCUCGGGUCCUGACCCGACAGUGGAGGGGCACCUCUGCUGGCUUCAGACGGUCGCAGACCCUGCUUGGGGAAGCCUCAGCAGCAGGAGAUGGUGUGGAGGAAAGCCCCACUGGGCCCUUCAGUGAGACCAUGUCCCCGGACCGCGAGAAGUACGCUGCUUCUGAAGGUCCCCUGCGCAGUCUGGCCACCAAUACCCUCUCUUCCUUGAAGGCCUCGGAGACUCUCUUUGGAUCCAGGCUGAAUCUCAACAAGUCCAGGCUGCUGACGCGGGCCGCCAAGGGCUUCCUGACCAAGCCGCUGACCAAGGCUCCAGAGUCGACCCCGGGGAGCCAGUGCUUCGACUACGUCCCACUGGUAUCUCUGCAGCUGGCCUCCGGAGCCUUCCUGCUCAACCAAGCCUUCUGCGAGGCCAUCCACAUCCCCAUGGAGAAGCUCAAGUGGACCUCGCCCUUCACCUGCCACCGAGUGUCCCUCACCACCCGCCAGCCCGAGUCUAAGACCCUGAGUCCCCAGCUGUGCACCAGCGCCUCGCCUCAGCACCCCUCCUGUGACAGCUUCUCCACGGAGCCCCUGGCGGAGGGCAAGCCAGGCUGGGAGCCCACGGCUGUGACAGAACUCACAGGGAAGCUGUGGGCCACGGUGGUGGCGCUGGCAUGGCUGGAGCACAGCUCGGCCUCCUACUUCAUUGAGUGGGAGCUGGUGGCCGCCAAGGCCAACUCGUGGCUGGAGCAGCAGGAGGUACCCGAGGGCCGAAAGCGGGGCACACUCAAGGCUGCCGCCCGCCAGCUGUUCGUGCUCCUGCGGCACUGGGACGAGAACCUGGAGUUCAACAUGCUCUGCUAUAACCCGAAUUACGUGUAGUGGGGGGAAGGAGGGAGGCUGGGGCAGGGGAGAAAAGGAAGGGGACUCUUUGGGCCUGGUGGGGGGUACUUUUGAAGCUGUAGUCAAUAUAUUGGUUCCUAGAAAGAGCCCUAGACUGGCAGUCGGGAGGCCUGAGU